AUGCGCCUCCAAGCCCAGGCGAUGGCAUUACCCAUCCAACCCAAGCUAUGCAAAGAGGCCAGGCAUAGCUGUCGUCUUGUCGCGCAACUUGACAAUGUGGGUCCUCAUGUGACGUGGUCCGAACUCUGGCCGAGAUAUGCGACGCAUUGUGCUGCCGCGGCGAACGAAGCGGUAGCCGCCCUGACAAAGGCUCUCGAGUACAAUAGAGGACAGCGGACUGCUGCGGAUUUGGCUGUCGCCGCCUUGGCCUCUCACGGGACUGCCAUCAGGCCGCUCCAAACAGACCUCAAGAGGUCUGAAUGCCAAGAAACCCUCGACAGUGCUGUUGUAUGUACAGCUGCUUUGGCCAUCUUCCAGAUCGUCAUGAACGAUAAUAGCAAAGGCAGACGAGCGAACACUUUUGCUCACUGGGCUGGGAUGCAUGCCAUUACACAGGCGAAGCAAAGCAACCGCGAAGAAAGCGAAAUUGUGCGUGCAAUACUGUAUAGCUUCUCGGACGGCCUUUCUGGUCUCGCUGUGCUGCGCGGGACGUCUUUGUGCAUGGAGAAGCAAGAUUGGGCGAAUAUGCAGCCCGCGUCACUACAUCCUGUGCAGAGCGAUGUGCUCAAGUUUCGGACGACCGAAUACCAUCUUCAGCUGCAGCUGCCUCGUCUCCUGUGCGAGACCAGAACGAUCCGAGAAAAGGAUGCGAUCACGUCCCAAAGUUUGAAUGCAAUCCUCGAGCUUGCUCUCAAAUUGUAUCAGGCGUCUGAAGACGAGGCCGAAACUGCAGUACUACGUCGUGCUGCCGUUGUAGGAGCGGCGGAAGACUCCAUUGUGCCAUUCAUCCUCAGAUUUGCGACCAAGGACGAUCUGCUAGUUGCGCUGAUAUACUGGCAUACUCGAUUGGUAAUAAUCAACUGUUGUCUCCGAAUCGUGCAGGAAGGGCACUUGAUUCAAGCUGUAGAUGAGGCACGAUUGCAGUCUGAUCGAGAUCGAACAUACAUGAACGUACUGAUGUCCAGGGAGCACGCAGCCUCGACGAAUUCAUUCGCAGCUGCGAUCGUAGCGAAGGGCUUCACACAAGGUUGGCAGCAUCUGAGAUCAUGCGAAACCUGGCGUGGCUUACGAUGCGGCAUUGUGAUCGACUGGAUACUGCCACGCAUGGCUUCACCAUCGCUUGCAUAUCUUGAGGCGCCUGUGCUCACGGUAGCUCAACUUGAUCUAGCAGCCGAUAUGCUCCAGGGUGGUCCACUUUACGACUUUCUGGCCUCAGAUAGGCUACCGAUAUGA